UAUAGUCGCUGAGAGAUGACGUCAGUCAAACGCCACAGUUGAAGAACCGCCUAAGAUAUUGUGAAUACUUGAACAGUUUUCUAAAAACAACAUAAUAGAGUCAAGCAACGACACUAACAACAGCCAUGUCUGUGGAUUAUGCUGCUGGGCUCUCGCCAUACGCAGACAAAGGUGUUUGCGGACUUCCUGAGAUGUUUGAUAGUCCUGAGCAGCUCAAGGCGAAUGUGGAGACCCUCGCUCAGCUGAUUAAAGACUCUCAGUACCUGGUAGUCCACUCUGGAGCAGGGAUCAGCACCUCAACAGGCAUCCCUGACUUCAGAGGUCCAAAGGGUGUGUGGACAUUAGAGCAAAAUGGUGAGUCACCUCACUUUGAAACCACCUUCGAGGAUGCCCGGCCCAGCUUGACUCACAUGGCCCUGCUUGGACUUCAGAGGGCCGGCUACCUCAAGUAUCUAAUCAGCCAGAAUGUGGACGGCCUACAUGUUCGAUCAGGCUUCCCCAGGGAUAGGCUAUCAGAGCUCCAUGGAAACAUGUUUGUGGAGGAGUGUGAGAAGUGUGGCAGGCAGUAUGUCAGAGAAAAAGUGAUAGGUGUGAUGGGACUGAAGCCAACGGGACGUUACUGUGAUGUGGUUCGAUCCAGAGGACUCAGAGCCUGCAGAGGAAAGCUGAUAAGCACUAUACUGGACUGGGAGGAUGCUCUUCCGGAAAGAGACCUGAACAAAGCAGAAGAUGCCAGCAGACGAGCAGACCUGGCUCUGACGCUUGGCACCUCCCUGCAGAUCAAACCCAGCGGAGACCUUCCACUCAUCACAAAACGCAAAGGAGGGAAACUGGUCAUUGUCAACCUGCAGCGCACAAAACAUCACAAGCAGGCGCAUCUGCUCAUCCACAACUACGUAGACGAGGUCAUGAAACAGCUGAUGGAGCUGCUGGGCCUGGACAUCCCAAAGUGGGAGGGUCCGACAAUCUGCGAAAGCUCCGGAGAACCCUCUGAGUCCACCGGAGACGUCAAACCACCACGUGCAGUUACAGCAAAGAGAAAGUUGAAAAAGGACCUGAUAAAGGAGGGGAGGAAAAGAGACACAACACCACUGACAGACGAUGGGAGUGUUAAAGAGGAGGCGGUCCCGGUAAAGAGGGAGAGAGCAGACUCUCCAGGGCAGAUAAGUGAAACGAAAUAGCCUCAGUUAUUUUUCUUCACAACACAAACAGUCCACAAAUAAACUCUACAACCAAGGAGGCUCGGAUUGAUCCAAUUCAGAGGACAGAGGUUCUUUUCAUUUUACACCCUCUGCAACAAAGACUUCUCUUGUACUCUAGUUUUUUUUAAUCCCAUUUUUUAUACACUCCCCCCACCCUUACUGCUAUGACAAACAGAAAUGUGAAACUGACUCCUUAGCUGAAAGCUCAAAAGUUGACCUCCUUAUGGAGCAAAUGUAGGUAGGAGAUUGUGUCUAAGGUAACAAGAUGGCUUUAUAUGAGGAAAUAUGGAAUAUAAUGUUGAAUAUCACAGUAAUGAUAUUACUUGCGAUCAAUAGACAGCUAUUUUAGUUUCCUCGGUUCCACAUUCCUACUGCUUUCAGUUUAUGGCUAAAAUACAACAACGAGUAUUGUUGCUGGACACAAAAGGCACCAGCAACAAAGAAAGACAUUUACAUUUGAAAGUGCAAGAAAUACUCCCUUUCUUACUUUUGAAAUUCCUGAGUCCAAUACUGCAGUACUUCCUGAUGCAUUUAUUGCACAAGGGGACACCACAACGACAAUAACAAAACAUGACGUUGACAUUUUGAGUGUUUUCUUUUUCCUUUUUUGUCAAACAACAUGCCCACAAAAGUAAACUUAGUAUUACAGUAUGCGAUGUUAAUGUUUCCUCCUGCUAUCGUAAGACACGGUGGGGUGAAUUUCUUUGCAUAUAAUUCCACAUCAGACUUUACUUGGAGCACCGACCUUUAACAAACAAGACUCUGACUUUGAGAUUGGGAACACAGUUCUAAAUAAAGUCUUUCAUGAGGUGUGUAAGGUUGUUGCACAUUCUAAUUAAAAGCUCUAUUUAAAACCAUGCACUUCAGAUCUUUUCCCUACAGAUCUGUCCUUUAAAGACACCUUGAUACUUCUCUAAACGUCUAUCUCAUGGUCUGAUUAACUGGUAGCCUCAUAGACUUAAAGUGAGGUUAAACCCAACAAUAACCAUAGCAUUUUUAUCCCUCAGUGCUUCUUUCAUGGUACAGAGGAGUUCACCUUCUCUGAGAGUGUUUAUGUCUGUUAAAUGAAGCCCCUGCUGCUGCUGCUCCCUGGCUGCAAAUUGACCAUUAUCACUCUGUGUGUUUCUAGGAAAUAGUUUUAUCUCGGGAACAAGGCAUUAUACUCUGACUCUCCCAUUUUCUUUCUAUUAAAACCUAUCUUUUCACACUCAACACAAUAAGCUGCUGGUUCAACCCUUUGUGUAUAUGUGCUGUAUGUUGUGUUCUGGGAAAUUAAAUGGACUAUUUGCAGUUGUAAA